AUGGACAAGGUCAAAUUCUCUCCUUCAGCAUUGACGGGUCGUCGCGGCUGUCUGCACAUUGCCGAGAUCCUGAUGUGUGCGCUGACGUUUGGAGUGGGCUACAUCUGGAGUCACCCAUUCCACACCUACUGGAUCUACUGUAUGGUGAUCUGGGCGUUGUGUCCUCUCCUCACGCUGGUCAUCACCAUCAUCGAGAUGUUGCUCAUCCACAAGCUUAUCUUGUCGUUUUGUAUGGAUUGGGAUGACUUCACGACGGGCAUGGCCAUGAUGUCGUCCAUCUGCACUUCCUCCUGCACGGUGAUGUUUGCCAACUUCUACGUCUGCCGGAGGUGCGUCUGGGGCUGGUGCGUGACGAUCCUCUCCGCCGUAUGUUGCAUACUUUACUGCGUGGAGAUGGUCAGGGACAAAUGCGACUCGACACGUUCUUCCACAUACAUGUCUGCGUUUCCCGGCCUGGUUAAGAUUCUUGAAGCGUUUGUUGGGUGCAUCAUCCUUAUUUCUUUGAUCGGUUACGUGGGCAAACCGGCUCUGCUGUGGUGUAUCGUGGCCUACGCGGUUCCGUUGCCUUUAACCCUUCUCCUCAUCAUCACCAACAUCAUGACUAAGUUAAAAAAAUGUCUGCCCUGCGGCAUUGACCGCUUCGCCAUGGUUUUCCUGGUCAUUUCCGUUGUGCUUUACGCCUCCGCUGCUCUACUUUGGCCCAUCUACAGUUUUCGAGGGAACCCGCGACCCAAAGAAUGCCCGGGAGACAGCUGCAUAUGGAGCAUCCAGUUUGUGGUGACAAUCAUGACCUACAUUAACCUCGGCCUCUAUGCCAUCGACCUCAUCUUCACCUGCUGUGGUAUAUGUGGAUUCAGAGGCCCUUAA